AAAACGGACGACCAGCCCUGUUAAUUCUGUCACGACUACCAUUGUGACACAGGAACUACCUCGAAAGAUGCCUGAUCUACAACCUCACACGGCGCGGCGCCUGAAUGCAAGUCCUGAGGAUGGUUGUCACGAUGCUAAGGCAACUACAAAACGACCGCGAAUCACCGAGGAACGCCCAUCAUCAGCCACACAUUUGUCCUUCCAUCGCUUCGUCUAUCGUUUUCACAUCCGCAACCUCUGGCAGGCCUUCAAUUCCUAUACAAAAUCGAUCAUAAUACCUGUUUGAUACCCUAAGCCGCAAUGCAUACCCUCACAACAUCAGUGCUCACCAUCCUGAGCAUCCUGUCAACAUCCACAGCCCUACCCACCGUUGAUCUCACAACUCGACAAGCCAACGCCUGCUUCCUAAUAGGCGACACAGCUCUUCCUGCCGAAGUCGCCGACACCGUGACCGCAAUUCAAAGCGCCGUUACUUGCGACAACUCAGCAACAACCAUCUCCAACGUGCCCGACGUCUCGUCCGGCAGCGCAACCUUCUCCGCCAUCGACUUCUCGAAAUCAUCUCAAACACCCCUCGAAUUCGCACUGCAGCAAUUUGCAACCGCCAAUCCUCUCGCAGAUACUGAUCUGCAGGCCUUCCAAGACAACUUGAACGUGUAUCUCGCGACCGAAGCAGGAAUCAGGAGUGUAGGAGGCAAUCUGGCGAUCAAGGUCCCGAAAUUCUUCCUGCAGAUGCAGGUCUCCAGGAUCCAGACAGCCCAAGGCAACCCACCGGCUGUGGCAGGGCAGCAGGUUGAUCAUUUGAGGGAUAAGGUUACGAAGAAUGCGGCGGGAGAGGACAAGGCGUUGCUUGAUCAGGUCGUGGCGCUUGCUGCGCAAUUGCAGUGAGAUGAAAAAGCUUGCUGGUUAGACGGGUGAUGGUGCUGACCGUCAUACGAUUUGCGGUAUGGUCUAUGCAGAGACGGGAUUUUGUGUGUGCGAGGAGAGGUUGAGUGAUCAGGGACGUUAUGGCAGAGGCA